GCGCCGGGCCGCUCGGCGCUGGGCUGGCCAUGCCUGGGCAAGAUGGCGUCCUCGGAGCAGGCUGAGCCGCCGAGCCAGCCGAGCUCCCCGCCUGGAAGUGAGAAUGUGCAGCCCCGAGAACCGCUGAUUGCCACCGCGGUGAAGUUUCUGCAGAAUUCCCGAGUCCGCCAGAGCCCGCUGGCCACCCGGAGAGCUUUCCUUAAGAAGAAAGGGCUGACGGAUGAAGAGGUGGACCUGGCUUUCCAGCAGUCGGGCACGGCCGCCGAGGAAGGCUCUGCGGCCACGCAGGUGGUUCCUGUCCGGCAUCCGCACCUCUUUGCUCAGCCUCAUAGUCCUGGGACCUCGCGUUGGAGAGACUAUGGGGCCUUGGCGAUCAUCAUGGCAGGGAUUACAUUCGGCUUCCACCAGCUCUACAAGAAGUAUCUGCUCCCCCUCAUCGUGGGCGGCCGGGAGGACAGGAAGCAACUGGAGAGGAUGGAGGCAAGUGUCUCGGAGCUGAGUGGCAGCCUGGCUCAGACAGUGACGCAGCUACAGAUGACCCUGGCGUCGGUGCAGGAGCUGCUAUUGCAGCAGCAACAGAAAGUUCAGGAACUUGCCCGUGAGCUGGCCACCGCCAAGGCCACCACGUCUACCAACUGGAUCCUGGAAUCCCAGAACCUCAGCGAGCUCAAGUCUGAGAUCACGUCGCUCAAGGGGCUGCUCUUGAAUCGGCGGCAGUUCCCGCCGUCGCCCUCCGCCCCGAAGCUGCCAUCCUGGCAGAUCCCGGUCAAGUCCCCGCCGCCCCCAAGCCCCGCGGCCGCGCCACCCCUCAGCAGCAGCGACAUCUCCCCAGUCAGCAACGAGUCAGCGUCCCCAUCACCCGUCAAGGACGGUCACAGCCCCGAGGGCUCAGCCGCUGCCUACCGCCUGCUGGGGCCCCCGGAGGAGGCCGAGGGGGUGCUGGACGUGGCGGGCCAGGUGAGGAUGGAGGUGCAGGGCGAGGAGGAGGUGCCCGAGGACGAGGAUGAGGACGAGGACGUGGACAUGGGCCGAGUCGACGAAGACGUGGGCCUGGGCGUGCAGCGGGAGGACCGGCGCGGGGGCGACGGGCAGAUCAACGAGCAGGUGGAAAAGCUGCGGCGGCCCGAGGGGGCCAGCAAUGAGCUGGAGGCAGACUAGGCCACUGGCCCGCAUGCCCACACCGUCUGUCUGCCCGCCUGUCCAUCUGUCCGUCUGCCCGUGCUGCCCUGCCCUGUGUCUCACUGACGGAUGGGCAUCCUGGCGCACCUGAUUCAUCUUGGGGGCGGCCGUCUCUGGUCUCUGGCAUCCGCUACCCCAGCCCCCCACUCCCGCACAACUGACGGGACCAAGGAGCCGUCCGGGGGCUCAGAGCCACGUCCCCCGACUCCUGUCUGGGGCAAGGGCCGAGGGCCCCCUCACCUGCCCAGACAAGCAGACCCCACCACACGCUGAUGCCCUCCCUGACUGGUUGUGGCCCCCCCAGGUGGGAUGUGGCACUCCCCUGUGGGUGUGGGGGUGGGGUUCCCACUCACCCCCCCAGACAGUGCAGGCUGGGGGUCCCCCCGCUGUACAGAUUGUAAUAAACCUGAGCUGCCACUAUUUCA